CUGUGCUUGGCAUGUCACGUGAGAGCCGCGGAGGAGGAGAACGGCGUGGACCGCGUCGUGUGAACCGCCUUCUUUCGUCGUAUUAUGGUGUUGGAGAAGGAGACCGAGGUGAUGGUGGUGGUGGGGAUGGACAUGGUGGACGGGGGGGUGACCCACUUGAUGUCGAUGCCAAGGCCUUUGAUGCUAAGCAGUAUGUCACCUCCUUGCUCAACACCAUGACUCUGGACAGGCUGCUGGACAAGAAUGAUGCUGUUCGUUCAGAGGUAUCCGAACUCGACGCAAGCAUGCAAGAACUGGUCAACGAGAACUACACAAAGUUCAUCACCGCCACAGAUACCGUGCAAGAGCUCAAGGGCAAGAUGGAGUCAAUGGACACAGAGCUGGCCGGCUUGCAGGAAAAGAUGGACCACAUCGACGGCCUCUCAAACGCCAUCGACGCACAGCUCGCCCCAAACCGCGCAGACAUCCACUCGCUGGCCACAGCCUCAGACGGCCUUGCAAAGCUCGUCUUUCUCCUUCGUCUCCCGGCCCGCGUUCGCAAGGCCCUCGACCUCGCCGCAUACGCCUCCGCCAUCUCCAGCUUUGUCCGCUACAUGCCCGUCCUCGAGGCCCACGCUGACAUGCCGCGCAUCGGCGCCGUCCUCGCCGCCAUGCGGCUCCUCGCCGAGGAGACAAAGUCCGCACUCCGCGCUCAACUCGCACGCGCUUCCUCCAUGGACGAGCUUGGCUCCGUCAUGGACAUGCUCAUGGACAUGGGCGAGUCUGUCGACAACCUCCGCGCCUCAUACCUCGAGAAGCAAAAGGAGGCCCUCGACGCCCGCCUCGAACGCCUCAUCGCCUCUCUCCCCGACAUUCCUACCCGUGAACCCGGCGACCCGCCGCCACUCGCCGCCUACCCGCUGCCCGACGCCCUCGACACCCUCCACUCGGGCUUCCUUCCUCCACUCCUCGAGUUUGCCGCAGCCUACCGCGCCCUCUUCCUCCACAAGCACAAUGCCGCAGGUGCAGGCUCGCACGGCCUCGUCCACGUCGCACGCUCCGUCCUUGUCCCCUUCUUCACCACACUCAAGGCCCUCAUCUCCCAAUAUGUGCCCACAGGCGUCCUUCUCGAGGCCCUCGACAAGAUCGCAGACGACAUGGCCGUCCUCGCCCGCCGCCUCCCCGAAGCCGCCAUCGACGACCGCGUCGACGAAGUCUUCUCAAAGGCACUCCACGCCCACCUGGACGGCGUCUUUUCCAAGCUCCGUGCCUCGCUCCUCAACGCCGUCGACGCCGCCGCACGCUCACUCGUCCCGCUCACAGACCCGGAUGCCUACCGCCCGGCCCUCGACUCCGCCCUCGCCUCCAUCUCCGCCGCCCUCGCCUCCUCGCUCUCCUCGCUCCGCCCGCUCCUUGGAGCCUCACACCCGGGCAUCCGCGACAACGUCGCCCUCAUCACAUCCUCCGCUCAGGUCAACAUUCAGCAGGCCCUUCUGUUCAUCGCCGACGGUGUCCGCUCCCGUGCCGCUGCUGCAGCCUCGUCCUCUGCCCUCGCCGCUCUCGCCGCUCUCGCCACUGCCCUCGCAGACGACCUGCUGCCCUCCUUUAUCGACCGCGUUCUCGCCGUCCUCUCUGUCCCGGUCCACGCUGCCAUGCUCGCUGCAAGCCCGCUCGCAGACGACCUCCGCGCCACCGCCACCUCGCUCGCUGCCCGCUUUGUCGACAUGACCGCCUGGGAGCUCUCACUCCCGUGGCUCGCCGUCGUCGCAGACCCAGCCGCUGCUCCGUGGCUCGUCACCGACGACGAUCCACUCGGCCCCUCGCCGCUCGCCGCUGCCGUCGUCUCGCGCUGCGCUGCUGCCGCUGCCCUCGCCGCUGCCGCCUUUCCCGACAAUGCACCCACUCUGGCCGACCGUGCCGCAGACGGCGAGCUCGUCGACUCGCUCGCCCCCUCGCCCGCCGGCCCCGGCCGCGGUCGCGCCGCCUCGGACUCGCACCGCCGCGCCGCCUCGGCCUUUGAGUCCAUGACCCUCAUGUUCGAGGAGACCCUCAAGAUCGGCGCCCUCCACCUCGAACUCCGCGCCUCAUCCGUCAUGCUCGGCAUCCUAGCUCGUUUCACCAAGGCCUGGGUCGAGGUCGUCCGUCAGCUCGCGCUCUCGCGCGGUGCCGUCCGCCAGCUCCAGCUUGACAUCGCUUUGCUCGCCGCCGCUGCCCCGGCCUGGAUCGACGACGGCCGCCUCAUCGCCGCCCUCUUCCGCGACGUCCAGCUCUCGGCCCAGGCCCGCUCCCGCGACGCCACCCUCCUCACAGCAGACGACCUCGCCGUUCUCCUCGGCUAG